CACGAUGUGCAUUUUACAGCAUCAAAUAAUUGCAAUACCACCUCAGUAUCUCGCUCUUUAUCGCUCUCUUUCGACUUCCCAUUGACCAUUGAUAAAUUACCUGGAGCCUGCUCUCUACCGUCACCCUCCCGAUGCCGGGCUGCCCCGGCAAUGGAGAAGGAGAAUGAGCAGGCCGCAGUCCCCGUUGCCGUUGCUGGGAGAAGCACCAGUCCAGGUGACACUCAUCGGACCAGACGGCGCCGGCUCUCUUCGCAGCUUGAGGCCGCUCGCACAUCUACGGCGUGUCAUGUCUGUCGCGACAAGAAGGUCAAGUGCUCUGGCUCGUGGCCCUGUCGCUAUUGCAGCAAGCGACGCCUGAACUGUGUCUUCUCAGCGUCCGAGAAGCGGAAGAUGUACCCUGUCGCCCAGAUAGAACAACUUCAGCAGAAGGUUGCUGGUUACGAGAGUCAACCCCCUGUGGAGGGAUCUAGCCACAACCAACCUUCACCAGACCAAGGCCAGCAAGGCGGUCAUGAGAAUCCACCAUCGUCAAGGACCGUGGCAAUAUCACCAAAUUCCGAUAGUCGUCUUGCUACUCGGACGGUCGAAACGCCUCAUUCAGAGACUUCAGCCUUCUCAUUACUCACCCAACGCGUCGCCAAUGAGGACCAGCCAUCGGGAUCUACUAGCGCACCAAGUAAUUGCGCUCCAAAAGCAAUUCUCCCUGGGCCUUCUCUAUCGUCAAGCGAAAUCUUCGGCACAGAGAUACGUACGCUUCUUCUAGCACGCUCAUCAGGUAGAUCAGAUAAAAGUACACCAAUUUCGGCCGCUGUGGCAUCGCCACAUCUAGAUCGAGAACUCAUCAACAACGUGCACGGGUGGCCAUCUGAAGAAGAGGCGAACCAGCUUCUUGAACUCGUCAUCCUAAACGUCGGAAUAUCACAACACCUCUUCGAUAUCCGCUCCUUUUCUGACAAUUUAGCCCGGCUUUAUCAUGACACGGGUAACGAAACACCCUUGAGAGGACUUUGGUUUGUGCAGGUUCUAUUUGUUCUGGCUCUGGGGAGACUCCUGCGAGCUGGUACCGAUGACGAUUUAGAAGUCCCUGGAGUGGCCUUCUUCAACGAAGCCAUGCGGCAUAUGCCUGCUAUGAGUGACGUUGGAAAACAUGGAAUUCUUGGAAUUGAGGUCGUGGGACUUGCAGCCUUGUUCCUUCAAGUCGCAGAUCGGAAAGAUGAGGCAUACUUAUAUGCAAGUAUAGCCUUACGUUUGGCAAUAAGCAAUGGCAUGCACAAGGCAAACCAAAACCAGACGUAUUCUCGAUCAGAUUCUGUGCAUCGAAGUCGCCUCUGGUGGUCUCUCUACAUGCAGGAAAGGAGAUUAGCUGCUGCUGGUGGUCACCCAAUGGCCAUUGCUGACGAGGCCAUAUCAAUAAGUCCACCGGCCGAUGUGUCUGGGUUUUCUUCGGCGGCGGCAAUUCGAGUAAAUGUCAGGGCAGCCCGCAUUACAGGCCGCAUAACGUCAACAAUAUAUGUGCAAAACACCGAUUCAGAGGCAUCUUUCAUCAGAGACGUUGAGAGUAUUCUACACUCUCUACACGAUAUCGAGUCUACCAUGCCGGCCGAGUACAGCAUCAACUUCAGCCCAACCGGAUUACUGGUGGCAGGCCGCCCAUUUGCCGAAGCGGACACUGCAUAUGCACGGACGAGUUCAUCGCUCUACUUGAGCGUCUACCAGGCGGUGAUACAUACGGUACGACCGAUACUCCUCUACAUGGCUCGGAAUGUCCGAGAGCGCGAUGCAGAACCAACAACAAAUCUCACUCCAACGUUGCGCCGACUGGCCGAGAUUUGUGUUGAAGCUGCUCGAAAAAGUCUGGCCAUUCUUCAAAUGCUUCGAAAUACGGAGUUAAUUGCUAAAAACGCGUUCCUUGAUCUUGAUAUCCUAUUCUCCGUUGGAUUCAUCUUCGUCCUAGUGGAGGCUAUUCACCCAGACACAAACCUUGGCCUGGGCGGAAUUGAAGGCUCUAGACACGUUCUCCAGUAUCUUGUCACAGUUGGAAACCGGGCUGCUGCAAAGCGGUUGGCGGAGCUUGAUCAAAUGUGUAUACAUCUCCGACCAUCUCAAGACCAGCCCCACAUAGGUCAAGAUUUACCGUACGCAACGACGACUCAACCAUUCUCUUUUGACCCGGACGGCAACACUGGGGCUUUUGUGCCUGGGGCAAUUCCCUCGUCAAACAACCAGUCGAGGCAGCUCGGAGACAUUCCAGCACCCCCAGUUGGAGAGACUGAGGGCGCCUCGCUAGGCAUGGCUGAGGGUGCGAUGGAGAACAUGCUUCACGGCAAUGCAGAUCUGGCAAGCAUUUCUCUCGAGGGUGACAACGCCCUGUACUGGGUAUAUCACACGCCGGGGUUUGUUUAUACUGGGGCUGAGUUGGCCGACUGGGAGGCCUUGGAGUUCUAAGUGGCUUGGAUAUUUUGGGCCUUGAUCCAGUGUUUUAUUUUUAUUUUAGAUGCGGUGAUACCUGCCUUAAGUACCUUAGAUAUUAGUUUAGAUAUAUCCAUGUAUAGUCAGUAUAAGACAUGUCAGGUGUUGGUGG